AAAAGUAAACAGCGGUAAAUGUUUUGAGGAAUAUUUCGCGCUGUUUUUCGCUUGAGGUUGUUGUCAUGGUGAGGGCGGAGGAGACAACAUGGCGUCAGAUUCAAACAGACGCUGAGGGGGUUUUAUAAUAACACGGAUUUAAGCGUUUUUAUUUCGUUUAACUUCGAUAUUUCAUCAAACACUGAUGUGCGAGCAUCACAGGCCUUUAAAUAACCUCAGAAGCGUAACGUCACGCUGACCUUAUGUCCACAGAACCGCCCACCGUUCGUCCACGCCAUGGCAAUCGGACCAAACGUAAAGACCCUGCUUCCACCCUGCAGGCGUCUCACCCGCGAGCCGCGGCGCCGUCUGCGCAAAACUCGCCGGAGGAGAGCAACAGGCUCAGGGACGUGAUCGAUCGGCUGCAGAGAGACAGACGGGACGCUGAGAGAGAGACGGGAGAGGAUUUUACUCUCACAGCUAAGCUGAGGUGGAAGAUUAACCAGCUGGAAAAGGAGAAACUGGAUUUCGCUUCCAAGCACAAUGAAGCGGUGCUCCUCAACUUGGAGCUGCAUCAGAGGGUAUCAGAUCUACAGAGAUCUUUAGAAAUAAUGCAGCAGGCACGUGAGGACGACCUUAAGGGCCUCCACACGGAGCUGCACGAGAGAGACCAUCUGCUGCUGAGUGCAAACGCUGAGAAUGACCUGCUGCAGGCCGACAAGAGCCGACUACAAACACUGAUACAGGAACAUAAUGACACUCUACAGAAGGUAAAAUGUGAAAUGGAGAGAAUGAAGAGAGACAGAGAGAAACAUAAAGAGAAACUGAAGCAUAAAUCAACAGAACUGAACCGCAGCACAGAGAGAGAAGAGAAGCUGCGCUCUGAUCUGGAGGCAGCUCUGCAGAAGGUGAAGGUUCUGGAGCAGAGCGUGGAGUCGGAGCGCGCCGCACACCUGCAGUCUAAAUUCAACUCUGAGAUCAUCCAGAUGAGGAUGAGGGAUCUGGAGGAGGCUCUGGAGGUAGAGAAGAACAGUCACACCGAGAUCUCGUCGCGUCUGGAGCUCCUGAAGCAGAAGUGUGAAGAGCUGGAGCGAGCGUACGAUCACGAGAGAGACAAAUCAUGCGACACGAGCCACAAACUCACACAGUUGGAGAAGGACUUCUUGACCAUGAAAACUGAUCUGAUUGGUCAGCUGGAUCAGGAGAAGGCUGCAUCUGCUGAGCUGAUUGGACAGUUAGAGCAGGAAAGGGCGGAGUCAGGGAAGCUGUCAGUCAAACUGCAGGAGCAGGAGAAAGUUUGGACAGAGAGACAACAGGAAAUCAGCCGGGCUCUGGUGUGUGUGCAGCAGUCCUAUGAGACUCUGUUGAGUGAUCUUGAUCAUGUGGUACAGCAGUAUCAGCAGCAGGGGGCGAUACACGCUCAAAACACAGAGGAAGGAGGUAAACACAAAGCAUCUGCUCUAAUGGACAUUCUGCGGAAAACACUACACUACUACAACACACAGUUGCAGGAGUCUGUGAUUGUGAUGCAGAAGUUGAAUCAUGAGGUCAGACAGAAGGAUGAAACGAUCACUGAUCUCCAGAGGAACAUGCAGGAGUGUGAGGCUCGUGGCGUGUGUGUUAAUGAAGAGGUGAAGCGUUUGCGUGUGUGUGUCGCAAACGCCGCAGCUGAUCUGCGCAGCCUCAAAACACAACACACAAACACACAAACACAGAUGAACAAACUCCAGCAGCAACAUCACAACGACUUCCAGGAGAAACUGACGUUCCUCCACACGCUGUAUCAGCGUCUGCUCGCCGGAUGUGUGCUGAUGACGCCGCCGCACAGCAUGCUGGGUAGCUUCUCAUGGGCAGAGCUUAGCAUUGUGGUGCAGGAGCACGUGGACAGGCUGACCUCUGACCUCUCCGCAGCCAAUCAGAAGGUGUCACGCCUAGAGAGUGUGUGUGAGGGGAAGUCAGCUGCGCUGGAGAGUGUGAGCGCACAACUGAGACAGAGAGAGGAGAGCUGGAGCAAACAGAGAGAAGAUCUCAGCACACAAAACACACACCUCAACAACCAGCUACAGCACAAGAUACAGCUGCAUUGCGGUGUGAAGGACUCCUCGUGUGUGUUGUCAGCGGCUCAGAGCGCCUGUAGGAAGUUGCUGGAGCGGUUGCUGUCAGACGUGGACGCUCAGUGCUGCGGGCAUUAUGGGAAGGAUUCGUUAGCACGGCGACUGGCUGACGGACUUCACACACUCGUCAAACACAGCUACUGUAACAGCAAGAUGAUGAUGGCGUCUCUUCAGAAGCACAUGUUGGAGUUCACGCAGCGUCUGCAUUCGGCGGAGGUCGAGCGCAGGAACCUGAGACUGGAGAUCUCACGCAUCAAUCGCACAAACAGCUGCAGAGACACACACACCGCGUGUGUUCCCCUCCAGCGGUUCGAGUGUGUGUGUGAGGAGCUCAGCAGUGCCCUACAGAGGGAGCAGCGCGCUCAGACUCUGCUGCACGAUCAGGCCUCUCAGCUGCAGCAACUGGGCCUCAGCAUGGAGCUGCACACAGGGGAAGAGCUGGAGAAGGACCGUACACUCGCACAGGCUGUACAGAGUUUGUCAGACGCCAAGCUGGAGUCGAGGAGGAAGGAUCAGUCGCUGCGCUCGCUGGGGAAACAGCUCAGCCAAUCACAGCAGGAGAACAAACAGCUGCAGCAUGACAUCGCCAGCGCCGAGAAUGCACUGACCACCGCAGAAAUGAAUAAAGAGUCUCUGGUGAGCUACAUGAAAUCUGUGGAGGAACAUUUACAAGAGAUGAAAGAUCAUGUCAUUCUGUCCAGAAGAGCCUCUUCACGGAAUGAUUUCACCCUACAGCUCUCCAGAUUGUCCCUCAUACCGUCAGACUUGCAAAGGAUCAUGGGAAACCCAGAGACAGAAGCAUGUCAGCGUUUGGUGAUGCGUUUCCUGGAGCUGCAACAGCUAGUGUGCUCAAAAACAUCAUCUCAGGAGAGAGCGAUCUCAUCAUAUGAGUCUCACAUCACGGCGCUGAAGAGUGAACUACAGGACGCCUGUCUGCAGGAGAGAAGCGGCUGUAUACCGUUGCUUGCGUCCUCCGACCCGUCAGCAGAGGUGGAUUAUGGGACGUGUUUUCUGACAGAUGCUGCGGUCUCACUGAGAGGCUCCUCCAGAGACUCGCUCUCAGAUCUCCAGAGGAAAGUCAGAGAGAAAACACUGAUGAACUGAAGCUGAAUCACUGUGAGACAGACAAUCACACGCUCACAUUCACAGGAGCGUUUCAUCUUUAUAAUCUCUGGUUUCUCAUUUCCUGUGGAGGAUGUGUAAUAGUGACACUGUUAACUAGUGUUAUUAAAUCUGCUGUGGUUUAUUGAUUCCAGUGCUGCAAUGUUUCUCACACUCACAUACACAAAACAACAGCGAGGGGAGAGUGGGGUAAGAUGUGUCGCACCCUAAAACUAGUACAAUCUGCUUUUUUAUAUAUUUUUUUGCCUUUCUAAAUGUACGCUACUGGCCAGAAGUUUGAAAUUAUUAUGAAGUCUCUUAUGCUCA